UCAAUCUCUGGUACCAAAAACAAAAAACAAAAACCAAAAAAACCCAAAACAAAUCAAAAUCGUUUCUCUUCUUUGAAUCCCAGAAUACCCAUGGAUAUUAAAAAGUUAUUUAAAUUCCAAGGUUUCCCUCUCAGAAAUCCUACUAUUUGACAUUAAUAAUUAACUUGACUAUUUUAAACAAAUUCUUCAAGCUGAGUUCACAAAAAGCAGGGCAGUUUCAAGAAAGAUUGUGUCAGUGGUCUUAUGCUACUCCAGCCAUGCACAUUUUAAGCAUAGUUUGUCUUUUUUUCUUCUUGGGAGGAAGCUGGGGACAGGAGCAAGUGUAUGUUGUCUCAGCACCUAAAGUAUUCUAUCUUGGAACCUCUGAAAAUGUAGUAAUUCAGGCUUAUGGAUACUCAGAAUCAUUUUCUGUGAUCGUUUCUAUCAAAAGUUUUCCUGACAAAAGUUUUACAUAUUCUUUUGACCUAGUUGAUUUAUCUCCAGAAAAUAAAUUUCAAAACUCUGCAAACUUAAUUAUACAACGAAAAGAUUUAUCUGGAGAGCCAAAUGCAGUUUCACAUGUAUAUUUAGAAGUUGUAUCAAUUCAUUUUUCAAAAGAAACAAAAAUUCCACUACACUAUGACAAUGGAUUUCUUUUUAUUCAGACAGACAGAUCUGUUUACAAUUUGGACCAAUCAGUGAAAGUUAGAGUUUAUUCAUUGGAUAAAGACUUAAAACCAUCUCCAAGAGAAGUUAUUUUGACAUUUAUAGAUCCACAAGGUUCAGAAGUUGCCACGGUAGAAGAAAAAAAUUAUAUUGGGAUUGUCACUUUUCCCGACUUCAAGAUCCUAUCUAAUCCUAAAUAUGGCCUUUGGACAAUUAAAGCUAAAUAUAAGGAGGACUUUACAACAACAGGAACUGGAUCUUUUAAAGUUAAACGACCUGUAGGCAGAUUCUUCAAAGAAACUGAUGAAACUGAGGUCAAAUAUGACCUGCCUUCCUACACACUGGAUUUGGUUGCUGCUCCUCGUUCUUUGAAGCCUGGAAUUCCAUAUUUUAUCAAGGUGCAGGUAAAGGAUAACUUUGCCCGUUUUGUAGGAGGGACUCCAGUAAUCCUGAAAGCAAAAAUAGUAGAUAAAACUCAGGAAAAAAGAGACCUGGAUCCAAGGAAAAAUACAACAAAUUAUCAUAAUGGCAUAGCUUCAUUUAUGCUUAACAUUCCCACUGGUGUGACAGCUCUGGAGUUUCACAUUAGAACUGAUGUCCCAUAUCUUCCUGAAAACUAUCAGACCAGCAUUGACUAUCAAGCAGUGACCUACUCAUCACCCAGCCAAAGUUUCCUUUCCCUUGGCUGGACAUAUAGUUACAGGAGUUUGCUUGUGGGAGAACGUCUGAGCAUAACUGUUACCCCUAAAAGUCCAUAUAUUGACAAAAUUACCCACUACAAUUAUUUGAUUUCAUCUAAGGGGAAAAUUGUGCACUUUGGCACAGAGAAGAGAAUCCCAGCUUUAGCUUCCCAAAUUUUAAACCUUCCAGUGACUCAAUACAUGGUUCCUACAGCACAUCUUUUGGUCUAUUACAUCAUCCCAGGAGAGUCGACAACAGAGUUAGUGUCUGACUCAGUCUGCCUGAAUAUUGAAGAAAAGUGUGGCAACCAGCUCCAGAUCUAUCUGUCUCCGAGUAAAGAUGAAUAUUUUCCAGGCCAAGCUGUAUCACUUAUUAUGGAAACUCAGUCAGAGUUGUGGGUAGCAUUAACAGUAUCGGAAAAUAUUGCAUAUGACAUCCAAGAAAGAAUCAAAAGUCCUAUGGAAAGAGUAUUUGGAGCUUCAGGGAAAAGUGACCAGGCCUGUGGAGCAAGUGGUGGCAGAAACAAUGCUGAAGUGUUCGAUGCAGCAGGACUCACUGUCCUCACCAAUGCAAAUGCAAAUGAUUCCCAACAAACUGAUGGAUCAUAUAAGAACAUUCACAGAUCAAGAAGAUCCGUGAAAGAGCAAAUAGACAAUCUAGCAUCCCAGUUCAAACACCCUUUCAUCCAGAAGUGCUGUUAUGAUGGAGCCCGUGAAAGUGAGGACAGCUGCAUGGAGAGAGCAGUGCGGAUUACUUUCGGCCCCAGGUGCAUCGCAGCUUUCUCUCAGUGCUGCAGCCUGGCAAGCGAGUUGCGGAACAGCUCUGCUUACAAGGUACCAAUUUUGGGACGAGCACCAGUACCUCAAGAAAGGCCCACAUAUGUAGUCCGAAAUCGAACUGCGAUUGAUUUAGAAAACUGGUUGUGGGAAGUACAUCAUGUCCCUAAAAGGCAUCAGCUGGAAUUGGUGCUACCUGAUCUCCUAACCAUCUGGGAAAUUCAAGGGGUUGGUAUUUCAGAUAAAGGUCUAUGUGUUGCUGAUGUGCUGAAGUUGGAGGUUUACCAAGAGCCCUUCUCAGUCACAAACAACAUUACAAGACUCUAUUAAAAGGAACAUUUUCUACCUAGGAAUCUAAGUAAGUAGGUACCAGGGAUCGAACUCAGGUUCUUGCACUUGAGCAGCAGGCAGCGAAACCACUGAGCCAAAUCCCCAGCCCCUAAAUAUAUUUCUUAAAUAAAUUCUGCCAUCUAAUAAAGGAGACUACUCUAUAUUGC